AUGCUGGGUGGCUGGGCCGGAAGGGCGUAUUUCGGGUUGGCCUUCCUAAUCCACUUUGCUCGGCGAAGGGGCAGCCUCUACUUUGUGGAUUGCAGCGCGGUUUCCGUCAAAGGCGCGCGGAUCUUUGGGCGUCGUGCUUACCCGGGCCUUCUAGACCUGGCGAAGGAAGGGACGCUGGUGUUCAACAACGUGGAUAAGCUGAACAAGGCUCUCCUGCCGAGAGUUGUCCAGCUGGCCCUGAAUGGGACGUAUUGGUCCAAGGCGCGUGAGAUGGAGAUGCAAAGCAAGCUCAAAGUGAUCUUGAUUGCUGAGGAGCGGGCCACGUGGCUCGAGUUCGCCUCGGGUCCCAAGGUAGCUCAAAUCAAGGUGCCAUCGCUGCGCGUGAGGCGCCAGGAUAUUGAGAGCAUGGUCCGGUACGAGCUACGACGAGUCACCCGAGGUACUGGGCAGCCGAUACCUGCCAUAGAGCCUCAAGCUUUGAAGAGACUGCAAGCCUAUGACUUUCCCAACAACGUCAGGGAGCUGUUCUUUUUGGUUGACAACGCGUAUCGCAACAUGGACCCGGGAGGCACCAUCACUUCAGAUCUCCUCUGGACGGCGCAGAACGCGAAGAAGCUGGACUUGUUUAAGGUGAACCUCCUGGACAUUUAUCCAGGCUUGCGAGGCUUCUUGCAAUCGGACUGGCUGGAACGCUUGAACCAUGGAUUCACCAAGUAUGCCUUUGCGGCCUUUGUGAUCCUUCUGUUUGUAGGACCGCAGACCUUUGCGGACAACUUCGGCCUAAAUCUUUUCUGGGCCUGGUGGUGGCCGGGCAUCUUGCUCACAUACCCCAUUGUGGGACGCUUCUGGUGCGCCAUCUGCCCUUUCAUGAUCUAUGGGGAGGUGGUGCAGCGAUGGCGGCUGGGUCAGGGGGCCGUCCUCCAGAAGUGGCCAACCCGGCAGCUGGAAGACUACGGACCUUGGUUCCUUUUCCUCCUCUUCUUCGGCAUCCUCCUGUGGGAGGAACUGUGGGUAUUGGAAAACACUGCAUACUUGUCCUCUUGCCUUCUGCUCCUGAUCACCUUCGGCGCCAUGGUGGGCUCUUGGUUCUUUGAGCGGCGCGUUUGGUGUCGCCAUCUCUGCCCCAUCGGCGGCAUGAAUGGCCUCUACGCCAAGUUGGCACUGACCGAGCUCCGUUCCCAACAGGGGGAGUGCAAGGCCUCGUGCUCAACUUUCCACUGCUACAAGGGUGGGCCCGAAGAGGGCGAAGGGCAGGAAACGAAUGGCUGCCCGCUCUACUCACACCCUGCCAGUCUGAAAGACAACAAGAACUGCGUGCUUUGCUUCACGUGCCUGCGGGCCUGCCCGCAUCGCACGGUACAGGUGAAUCUCCGCGCUCCCGGGAUAGACUUUGGCUUCCCGUUUCUGUUUCCGAUUCCCGGAACAAACGCCUCAUCUCAGCAUGAGCCAAGCUUGCCAGAGCUGGCACUGCUCUUCCUUCUGUUGGGCGCAGUGUUCUGCCACCACCUACAGGACCUCGUAGUGCAAGCUGGCGCGCCACCAACACUGCUGGACGAUUUCGCGGUGCAUUCAGCGUUGGCAGUGGCUAGGAUGAGCUUGGGCCCUCGUAUCUUUGUCUGGCUUCUGGAUCGGCUGGCCCGGAGUUGCAGUGCUUUGGUGUAUCCGGAUCAGAAGGUCUUGAAUGACUUCGUGGCUUUGGGCUACAGCUACCUGCCCCUCACGUGGCUUGCUUCCCUGGCGCACUAUCUGAAACUCGGCUUGGUGGACGCCGGGAAGGUUCUCCCCACCGCUGCCCGCACCUGCGGCUUUUUUGCGGCGGGGUUGGCCCAGCUCCCUGGCAGAAGCUGGGGUGUAUCGAGGAUGCCUGGGGCUGCGCGGGGGGCAUUUGAGAUAUGCAUUUUUCGGUGUAGUCUUUCAUUUUGGUUCGCAGAUGCUUUGAGUUGGCGCGGGGCGUGA